UUCGUUCAGUAUUUGUUACAUGGACAUUUGCCUGGUUUCUUCAGCAUGUAUGGACCAUUGAUCGAUUUGAAGCAUUACGAUGGCGACGUGUUAAAAGGUUCGAAUUGUACACUGAAGGUUUCAUGGUGAUCCCAUAUAAUGGCGAAAUCAUUACAAAACCAGAGGAAUAUUGGAGUGAUGAUGAUAAACGAUUAGUUACACCUAUCAAUUACGUUCUCUGUGCCAAUUUUAGCGCUCAAACGUGCUUAUUAUUCUUACUUCAAUCCUUUUGGAAUUAUCUUGCAAAUAAUAUAGCAAAAACAACUUUUAUGGGUAGUUUUGAAUUCAAAUCAUAUAUAACAUACUCCGUAUUCAGUAUGGUCUUAUUUCCAUUACUACAAUGGCUAUUUCGUUCUAAUACUUUAUACACUGAAGUAGUUCCUCAGUUUGCUUAUGGUAUAAUUUUGUUCAUAAUCGCUUUAUUGGGUGUAAGAUCCCAUUGGAGAUUUACAAAAUUAUUGAGAAUUACUAGGAGCGCUAAUUCUUCUCAAUUAAGUAUUGUAUUAAAAUUAGAAUAUUUUAAGGAAAUGAACCGAUAUUUAACUUGGGGUCUUUUUAUUGGUUCUACAGCAAUGAUAAUUUUAUGUGUUGAUGCUUUCACUCCACAAAAAUAUCUCAACUCUCAUAAAUUUUCUAUGGAUCUUUUAAUCUGCCAUCUAAAUUUUACUAUUUGGAUAGUAUUUGUUACCUUAAUUCUAAUUUUUUAUCCUUCAUCAAAUACUCUCAAUGAUACUUUAACUAUGUCAAAAGGUAUAGCUUCUACAUUAACCGUUCAAUCAAAAGGUAAUUUAUUGGGUCCUCCAAAUCGUAGAUGGUCGUCAAAAUAUAAUCAAAAUAAUGAAGAUAGCUCUUGGUCUUCACAAGGUUCUUCAAGGCAUGAUCGUACAAGUUUGUACUUGGAAGUUCAUGACGAUUCUUCUGCUCGAAAUAAUCAAAAUAGAUCUUCAAGACCAACUUCUGUAACCUUUGAUAUACCACCAUUACCUUCUUCUGUACCAUUUGAUCCAAACGCUCCCCCAUCUGUUUAUAAAAAAUCUUCUGUGUCCCGUGAUUCGGGAACUUCUUCUCCGUUUUAUUUUACAUCAAAUACUCUAUUACCAAGUCCAACCUAUCCACCUUCAACCUUAUCAACUACACAACCAUCUUCCACAAAUCUGCCAUCAUCUAGUGUUACCCCUGAACAUACAAACAAUUCAAAUAACAACAACAACAGACGUUCACUUAAUUUUUCAAAACCUUUACCUGCUGAAUCAUUAAAAUAUCCAUCAUCUCCUCUAACAAAAAUAAAUAGAAAUAGCUUAUCUUCAUUAACAUCGACAGAAAAUCAAAUACCUACUGGAAAUGGUUCAGCAUCACAUAACGAUAAUCAAGAUAUUUCUCCAUUAGUUUCUUCACAAUUAACUCGUAAAGAUUCUUCUAAUAAUUCAUCAAAUUCCAAUGACGAUAAUAACGAUGAUGAUGAUUUCGAAUUUAUUUCUCGAAAGAAUGCAAGAAUGUCAAUAAUAUCAAAUAAUGAUAAACCAAUAAUUAAAGUUACUACUUCAACAACUUCAUUUAAAUUAUCAACAAAUCUUACUAAUAAUGAAGAAAGUGAUACUGAUGAUAAUAAUAACAAUUAUAAUAAGAUUACGAAAUUUGGAAAAUCAUUUAUAAAUAAUAAUAUUAUUAUUAAUGAAAAGAAAAAGAAAAAAGUUACUUUAAUGGAUAGUGAUCAAAGACCGUCAGUAAGAUUUCAACAAAGACAAGAAGAACUUUUAAAGCAAAAACAAAAAUCAUUAACUUUAAUAAUUGGUGAUAAUGAAAAUAAUAAUGAUAUUAAAUUAUCAACAAAAAAUCAA